CCUGUGCACAACCUCCAUGAGUCUAGUGUUGGGUCUGACCAGAUCCUUGUGAGAAAAUGAAAGUAAAGGGCUUUAUCUUCGCUAUUCUGAUCCACUGGACUAUUUGUGCCGAACAGAGAGAGUUCUAUUCUUCGACGGAUCAUCUGAUCAAACUCCUUGAGGUAGGUAAGGACCUGGUGAAGAAUCUUGGGGAGUACAUAACAGCAGAGGAAGCCAUUUUAAAGUCCCUCAAGAGGGUUCUAGUGGACCUCUCUGAGCUCACAGCCUGUGUGGAUUCUCUGGAUGAGUUGGAAGAGCACGUGAGUAAUCCACUCACUGCGUACAGGCUGGUAAGAAAUCUGAGGACCAAAUGGACGGUGAUAGAGGAAACCGUGGAGAAGAGCCCUUUAUCUGAGUUCCUCAAAAUGGUAAAGCUUAAAUCUCAGGCUCUGCCAACAGACAGAGAUGUGAAUGGGAUAGCUCUGGCUCUCAUCAGACUACAAGAUACAUACCAGCUAGAGCCAACAAGCAUCAUGGGUAGAGAACAAUCAGUUCUGACAGGUAUGGUUGCUGCAACCUCCUUGGGCCCAGAUGAAACCUUCCAUAUAGCCAUGGUCGCAUAUAAAAACCUGAAGUACCCACUUUACAUCAGCUGGCUGGCUGAAACGAUGAGGCUACUGAACUUGGGAGUGGGCAGUCUUCACUCUCUCACAUCCUUCCUCCAAACGGAUAACCUGCCUACGGAACUCAGCUUUAUAAAGCAACUUGUGAGCCAUGACCCCACCAACAUACAGGGUAUGGUUCAGCAGAUGUACUCCAGCACUCUGCGAAGCGUCCUUCAGGCGCUUGGGACCCGGCCACUCAACUUCAACAUAGACUCACUAAUACCCAGAAGCUUAUACAGUAACCCGUACGAAGCCUUAUGUCGAGGCAAAGGCCUCAGAAUGGCACCAGGGAGACAGAAGAAGCUGUUCUGCAGAUAUAGCCAUGGAGAGGGCAGCGCACCAUGGCUCUACGCUCCCAUUAAACUGCAGGAGGAGUGGGACAGCCCACCUAUCGUCAGAUACCUUGAAAUCAUAUCAGACCAGGAAAUAGACGCCGUUAAGAGGCUGUCCCGCCCCAAGCUUGAAAGGGCUAUGGUCAUCGAUCACACAACUGGACACAAGUACUCUACAGAAUCACGUGUGUCAAAAAGUACCUGGCUGAAAGACGAGGAGGACCCUGUCAUCCGUAAACUGAGCCAGAGGAUAAGUGACAUCACCGGUCUAGACAUGACCACGGCUGAGAGCCUGCAGGUGGCCAACUAUGGAAUUGGUGGACAGUAUGAACCACAUUUCGACUCUAAGCUCGGGAAUGACCCUGACCAUGCACUUAAAGGUGGAAGAAUAGCAACCAUCUUAAUAUAUAUGAGUGAUGUCAAAUUGGGUGGUUCUACAGUGUUUCCUGAUAUAGGUGCAGAAAUACUACCACAAAAGGGCUCUGCGGUGCUGUGGUAUAACAUUCUACGGAAUGGCCUGGAGGACGACCGCACCUUACAUGCCGCCUGCCCUGUUUUCCUAGGGAGCAAAUGGGUGGCAAACAAAUGGGUUCGGAUGAGAGGUCAAGAGUUCAGGAGAAGAUGUUCUCUGUCACCCACUGAAUGAGAGAUGCCUGGAAGAUUGAAAUUGUAGACUGCUGCACGGUGCAUACAUACUGUACACACACACACACACACACACACACACACUGACAGACACGUACUCACACAGCAGAGUAUUGUUAUGUGGACAGACUGAACUAACAUGGACUGUUAUUUUAUUAGCCACCCUCUGCGUUGCAAUAUAGGCAGUGAACUUACGCUGACCAGCUAAUGUACUGUACAAAGCAACAGGGAAUACGCAUCCACGGGACAUUUGCCUCUCUCUCUCUCUCUCUCU